AUGUCGCUGCCAACCCGCGACGUGACCCCGGAGACACUCGAGGAGGCCUAUGUUGCCUUUAUUUUCUACUGCAACCCAGCCGUGCCCCGGCACUACGACAGCACGCCCCUCCGGGAAGCCUUCCGGGCGACGCCCAAGCACCUGGGCAAGGUGUUUGACGUAUGGACCAUCUUCCAGCUCGUCAAGCGGUUCUACGCCAAGGACAUCAAGACGUGGACGGAGCUCAUCAUCACGCUGGGCGUGGAGCCACCGGACCUGGCCAAGGAUGAGAGCUCGCAAAAGGUCACGCAGUACGGCGUCCGCCUUAAGAAGUGGAUGAACUCGCUGCGCGUCAAGAGCUUCUUUGAGUACCUCAUGGGGACACCCAAUGACUACUGGACCAACAUCCCAAGCACCAUCGGCAGCGAGCCCCGCGAUGGCGUGGCCGUGGAGGAUGACAUGGCGCUGCGUGCGCUACUGCCUCAUCUGAGACCGAGGCGUGGACGAAAGAGGCCGAGCGAGAGGGAGCUGGACACGCCCGUCUCUGCCAGGCCGAGGCUGUCGCCUGCUUCCGGGAUGGAGCCGACCAGCGGCACCUUGACGACGUGGCCUCGUUCGGAAGAGAACGACAUGGGACCCGACCAAGUGCACUCGGCGCACCCAGCCACCUCGGGCCCCAGCGAAGAGGCACGCGGCGCGUACGCGCAGUGGCCGGCCUCCGCCGCAACGCCCACGGCCCGCCAUGGGUUCUGGGACGAGACGUCGACGCCGACGUCGGGUCCACGGCAGAGACGUGGCCCGAAGAAUGUAUCGUCCGCAUGGAGGGUGGGUCCAGAAGACAAUGGAAAGACGCGAGGAAGGCCGCCCGUCAGCCGCACGCCGGUCGAGGACAGCCCUUUUGCCUACAGAUCAUGGCAGCCACCGCCAGCACACAUGGCUGCGGACACGCAACCCCACACUCCGUCUGUCAUGGGUCGAGAUAUAGCGCCUGGUCCUGCCACGGACCAUCCAGUUGCUGCACAGAUGCCGCUCAGGGACAGGGCGUACUCGGAGAGCCAGAGACCGCAGAGGCCGAGCAUCUCUCUCCAGGUACCGGAACGAUCUGGCGGCAAUGUACGCCUCGCUACGCCGCCACCUCCGCCUCUUCCUCCACAUCCCCCGGGCGUGGUGGUCAGCGAGCACCCCGACAUGCGGCGGACUGCUGUGCAUGAGCCCGUGGGCGAGAGAGUGUACGACACGGGCCACGGCACGGCGCAAGCUAAUGGCCACGUCCCCGCGCCGGUGCAGAAUCGCUCGAGUGGCUGGCAAGACUACGCAAAGCAGGCGACCGACCAGUACGAGAAUGCGGACGAUCUAGGCAGCUCCGGGCUGCCGGUCGGGUCAACGGUUGAGCACUAUUUUUUCGAAAAGACCGAGGAGCGGACCAACGUGGACACGCUCAUCAACUUCUUCAUGCGGACGACGCAGGACGGGCAGUGGUUCGACUGCGACGGCCAGCCGACGGAGACGGCGUCGAUGGACGAGUCGGCGGCGAUUGUCAACGCGUUCCUGCAGGGCAUGUUCAAGACGGCGACGAGCUCGCAGGCCUUUUUGAUCAAUCUGGGGGCGCUGGCCGGGGCGCGGACGCUGAUGACGACACAGCCCAAGUACUACCGCCUGCCGGACGGGGAGGGGUGCCACAACUACCGGUUCGAGUGGGAGUACAGCUUUGCGCACGUCAAGGGUCACUUUAACAUGACGCAGACGGUGCCGUGGGACAUGUGGAGGAAGCCCCAGCAGCCGCCGUCCCAGGGGCCGCCGGGGCUGAAGGUGUCUGCCGACUCUGGUGGGCGAGGAGGCGAUGGAGAGGCGGGCCUGUCUGCGGAGGCGUGGAAGAAGAAGUACGAGGUGUUGCUCGGCGAGAUUGGGGCGCGGGAGAAGGAGUUGGCGCUUUUGAGGGGGCGAGUCAUGUCGAGUCUUCGCGAGGAUUUGUCCGAGUAG